UGAAUUUUGAUUGGUUGGCGCAUGUAUGACGUCCAUUACCUGCGCCUCUCAACGUGUGACAGUGUGUUUGACUGUUUGGCUAAUUUAGCUAGUUUUCUGGGCUGCGCGGUGAGAAAAGUGUUACACCAGUAAGAGCAGAGUGGGCUCCAACGCUGCCGGGUUGAAGAGGCUUCUGUGGGAGACCAGCUCGCUCCUGUAGGUGUUUGCUUCAGCUUCACGAGGCGGUGCAGAUGUUCAUCAGACUAAGGAACCCAAGGUGAGACUGCUGAUCAUGUGAGCCGCUGUUGGUGGUCUUCAGCAGCUAGCAUUAGCAGCUAGCGUUAGCAGCCACUGAGGCUGCAGGGAUGGAAACGCUAACUCCGGCUUCAUCACUAAACAGUCCCAUGUGAGUGUCCAUCCAGAUGUACCAAACACAGAACCACGGGAGGAAGGUUCAGUCCUUACAGAAGAAGUUCAUGUCAUCUAUUAAAGGUGUGUCCCAUCUGUCCCGCUGGACCAAGAGACGCUUGUACUGUAAACUUCGGCUUUGGCUGUGGAGGAAGCGGAGAGAGCGCUGCCGUCUGUUGAUGUUCAGAGGGAGACGGCCCACGCCAGGGACCUGCAACGACUCUGCCUCCAACUUCAGUUUAGAACCACAGUUGCAGGAAAACAAAAAUGUUUUAACAAACUACAGAAAACACAGAGAAAACCCGCCUGCACCAACAUCCGGCUGUUUGGAGCCACUUGAGCAGGAUGCAUGUCUGAACAGGGUGGCGGGAGGAUGCGAGUCGCAUGAUUUUUCUGGGACAAACGAGGAUUCCAGCUGCUUGCAGGGUCGGGACAUUUGUUCUUCUUUUGUUGCCGACAGUCGGAUCACACAAGCAGCUGUAGCUUUGCUUCAGAGCCCAGAAACUUCUGUCCAACCCAGAGGAGCGGCUGACCCUUUAAAACAUCGCCAUCCUGCGAACCUUCUGCCGUGUGCAGACAGGAACUGUUGUAGCGAAUCCCAGCUCGAGGCCGGCCCUCCAUCACAACCACCCAGUCCCGUCCCUCCACAUCAGGACCACACUGCUGUGAAAGGGAAGGAGAGGACCAUCAGUGAGGCAUCGUCCUCUGUUGACGUCCACUUCAUCUCUCUGAUAAGAGACAUCAGAGAGUUUCUGGAUGGCUUCUUCAGGAGAUACGGAAGCUUCAUCGCUCUGUGUAGGAGUGACCUGCUGAGACAUCUGAGGAGGAAGUUCAGCUGUGAUUUUGAUGACUGGAAAAACCUGAUCUUCUCCGAGGUUUCCAGGUUCCAAGCAGCAAUCCUGGAGAAACCCGCCCCCCCGUUCCGAGUUGUCUACAAGAAGCACAUCGUCACGCUGGAUGAUUUAUUGACGCUGGCUGAUCAAAACUGGCUCAAUGACCAGGUCAUGAACAUGUACGGAGAGCUGAUCACGGAGUCUUCUCAUCACAAGGUUCAUUUUUUCAACAGUUUCUUCCACCGGCAGCUUAUGACCAAAGGCUACGACGGCGUGAAGCGAUGGACUAAACAGGUGGACCUGUUCUCCAAGAGCCUUCUGUUGGUGCCAAUCCAUCUGGAGGUCCACUGGUGUUUAGUCACAGCCGACAUCGCCACGAAGACCAUCUGCCUGUACGACUCUCAAGGACACGUUCUCCAGAAAGUUGUACGGAACAUCCUGAAGUACUUGAUGACUGAAGCGAAAGAGAAGCAGCAGCCAGCAUUUGAAGAUGGGUGGAAGCUUUCCUGUGAUGAGGAAAUCCCACAGCAGACCAACGAGAACGACUGUGGAGUUUUUGUCUUGGAGUACUCCAGAUGCCUGGCGUUGUCGAGGCCUUUCCAGUUCUCCCAGAAGGACAUACCAAAGAUACGGAAGCGGAUCUAUAAAGAGCUGUGUGACUGUAAGCUUCGUGAGCAGGACUGACGCGGCGCCCGCUGCGGCAGCAGCCGCACCUGCAGCCCGCCCGCUGUCGGACUGAUCUGUCAUUCUUGUGCGAUAGCUGUAUUUAUUUAACGCAGAUCGGGUUUUAAGAGUAAAACAUCUUAGCGCAGCAGAAAGGCCUGACUCAGUCUGCAGGUUCUGGUUUUUUUUAUGUUCAAAAUGUCAUCAAAUCUGUUUUCUGCUGCUUUUCAUCAACUCCUCAAGACCAAAUGGAAAACAUUACUUCAGGCCGCCAUUCCCACUGUAGGACUCUGCAUUAACAGGGAAAAACAGGAAAAACUGGGAUGAGGUCACAGCAGGCCUUCCCAUCCUCUCCACGCCCACGUUCUGGAGGCAUCAUCCGUGCUACGGUUGGUGUUGUCCACGUCCAACCGGCUUCUCGGUUCUCUGCUCCUCCACCUGGAGAUGCUUUUACUGACUGAGAUGAGGUUAAGGUACGCGGUGGUGAUGCAACAGAAGUUAUUGUUGUGUUGAACUCUGGAAUUUUGAGUAAAGGUUUUAAAUAAAAACACGUUUCUUAA